AUGUGGUUCAACCAAUCUGCCCUGGCAGCACUGUUUGUUGUGAUAUCUUCACUCUCUCCAUGCCAGGCCAUCACAUACUCCCCAAUUAAACCACCAUCAUACCCACUGGCAGUGCGCAGUCCCUACCUCUCAGCGUGGAUCCCCGGAAACUCCGUCGCGUCACUCGGGUCCAGCAGAGCGCAAUUCUGGGCCGGGAAUGACUUGAUCUGGUCUGUCAGCGCGCGUGUUGAUGGCGUCGCGUACAAUCUCUUCGGCGUGAAAGCGCCCCUGGCUGGAUCCAAGGCUGGGACUGUCACAAAGGCCGCAUACACGUCCACCCAUUCCACCUUCACGGUGGAGGCAGGCGCGAGGACUUUCACCCUCGAUUUCUUCUCCCCAGUCUCGCCCAAGAACUACCUUCGUCAAUCGCUGCCUUUCUCCUAUCUCACUGUCACCCUUGCUGCGGGUGACUCGAGCUCUGUGCAGGUUUACUCCGAUAUCGAUGAUAGCUGGGUCGGGCAGGCGAACGACGUAAGCUGGAGUUACUCCACCAAGAACUCGACCCGCAUCUUCCAGAUUAAAGGCGUUGACACGGCAACGUAUUCGGAGAACGCUAACGGUCAAGCUCUGUGGGGAAGCGCCGUCUACGCCACCCGUCCCCCGACCGGUGGCUCGCUCUCCGCUGCCUCUGGACCGUCGGCGUCAGUGCGCCAGAGCUUCAUCACGAAUGGUACACUGUCUGGCAAGCACGCUGAAUGGUCUGCCGAUGGCGUCGUUGGGUUCGCGCAUGAUCUUGGGACGACCGCUGGGGAGAUCGCUGUGACUUUUGCGGUUGGCCAUGUGCGCGAAGAAUCGAUCAAUUACCUGGGCGCUGCGCAGACGGGCUACUACCGUGCGAAAUACGCAAGUACCGUCGAUGCAGUCUCGUACUUCUUGGAUGACUACUCCGAUGCGAACGAGGAGUCUACAACAUUUGACAACCUCAUUCAAUCGACUGGCGUCUCAAGCUAUGGAUCUAACUACUCAGACAUCCUGGCCCUAUCCGUCCGCCAAGUCUACGGAGGCAUUGAAAUCACCAUCCCGAAUGACUCCCUGGACAUAAACAAGACAUAUGCCUUUAUCAAAGAGAUCUCCAGCGACGGCAACAUAAACACAGUAGACGUCAUCUUUGCCACGUUCCCAAUCUUCUACCUCCUAAGCCCAGACUACAUCAAGCUCCUACUAGACCCAAUCCUCGAAUACACCGGCAGCACUGCAUACGACAAGACCUACGCCGUCCACGAAAUCGGUGCCAGCUACCCCAACGCAACAGGCCACCCAGCCACCGGCGAAGAAAUGCCCAUCGAAGAGAGCGGCAACAUAAUCCUCCUCACACACGCCUACCAACUCGCAACAGGAAAAACAGACCUCUCAACAACCUACGCGUCCCAACUCUCCCAAUACGCAACAUAUCUCUACCAAAAUGGCCUCUACCCGGCCUCCCAGCUCUCCCUAAACGACGCCCUCGGCGAACUCUCCAACCAAACAAACCUAGCCGUCAAAGCCGCCGUCGCGCUUGCCUCCUACGGCGGCUUAACCAACAACGCAACAUACACGGCCUACGGCCAGUCCUUCGCCUCACAGAUCUGGUCCGACCUCGGCACCGCCAACGGCUCACACUUCCUCCUCCAGUACGGCGUCCAGCCCUGGUUCCUCGUCUUCAACCACUACCCCGCCGUCCUGUUCGACCUAGACCUCUUCGCCGAAGCAUCCAACGCAACAGCCGCCUUCUACCCGACCGUCCGGCAGAAAGCUGGCGUGCCGCUCGACGGCGCGCUGGGCUGGGGCCAGACAAAUUGGCAAUCAUUUGUAGCGGCCACGGUCGGUGGCGCGACGAGGGAGACGUUUGUGUCGGAUUUGCAUGCGUAUCUUUCUAACGGGCUCAAUGGGGCGCCAUUCUCGGAUCGGUAUUGGGUCGUCGAUAGUGGCGAGUAUGUUGCUGGACAGGCGUAUUCUUUCCGUGCGCGGCCGACGCUCGGGAGUCAUUUUGCGUUGGCAGCGUUGGGUGGGGGGGAUAUUUGGGGGUAG